CGAGAUAUGGCAUAGCGUGAAACCAAUGGUACCACCUGCCCGAUUAUGAAGCCUUUGCUGUUUUUCCUUUCAAGCUGUGUGUUUGGCCCUGCCUUUUCGUUCCAGCUCCAGCCAUCCGUCGGUGUUGGCGUGACGAGAAAUCACGGGGCUAGAAGAACGAUUUUGAAAACAACCCAGAACGAUGCUUCUUUGGAAGAUGUGUUGGUGUCCGAGACUGCGAGCCAAAGCACCACCAGCAAUGGCAUAACCGCCACACUUUUUCCAGCCACAAGAGCAACUCCUUCGUCGUCUCAACGUCCAUUGUCGAAUCGGCAACAGCUGGACGAGCAAUAUCCACAAUUUCCUCGCACAUGGGUUCCAAUCGCAUCCACUUUGGAACUGGAUCACAGUCGUCCCAAUCGACUAGAAUUUUUGGAUCAAUCGUACGUGGCCUAUCGAAAUCCUCAAAGUAAUAAUCAACAAUGGGUUGUCAUGGACAACACGUGUCCGCAUAGAUUGGCGCCAUUAUCGGAAGGACGAGUCGAACCCGAAACGGGGCGAUUGCAGUGUUCCUAUCAUGGCUGGACGUUUGAAGCCGAUGGAUCUUGUCAACGCAUUCCUCAAGUGGUACCCUCUGUGGAACAAUCCGCAAUGGCCAAUCCUAGAUCGUGUUUUCCAUCCUACAGUACGAUGCUGGAUGCGCGGACGGGAGUGUUAUGGGUUUGGCCCUGGCAACAAGAUCCCCUCGAGUUUGUCGGUGAUGAAUGGAGACAUCCCGAAGGAUUCAUGGAGGGACUGAUUCUGGAUCCAUCCAUCCAAAAUGCCACGGAAGCGGGUAUCAUGACAUAUACGCGAGAUCAGCCCUACGGAUGGGAUACUUUGGUGGAAAACUUGAUUGAUCCAGCUCAUAUCCCAUUUGCCCACCAUGGGAUGCAAGGAAGUCGUAGUGAUGCCAUUCCCAUCAACAUGACAAGUGCCACAAAUCUAGGAGAAGCUGGAUUUGCAUUUGAAUGGCAAGACCGAACAAUGGGAAUGAUGCGUACGGGCGAAGGAAAAUUCCGGGCACCCUUUUUGGUCAAUUACAAUGCUACAUUUGCGUCGCCCACUGGCGAAGCAAAACCCUUUCGUUUAUCGGCUCUGUGCAUCCCCACCCGCCCCGGAUGGUCGCGUGUCAUGGUCUUUUCCAUUCCCACCACAAGCGCUGCCGCCAAAGACAACACAUCGACCAACAACCGAAUCAAAACAUUCAAGCUGGGUCCAAUCAUGGCCCAACUCUUCAAGCGAUUGCCUACUUGGGGGAGCCAUUUGUUGUCCAACAAGUUCUUUGAUUCCGAUUUGGCAUUUCUUCAUUACCAGGAACAAUUGAGAUUUGAUGAUGAAAGCGCCAACAGCAAUCUACAACGCGGUGACGCCCGCUAUUUCAUGCCUGCCGAGUGUGACCGGAGCAUUGUGGCAUUGCAUGGAUGGAUUGGGAACUAUGCGUCAUCCUAUGUCAAACGUCAAUCGACAAAAUUGCCACCUGCCAUUUACGACCGCAGCAUACUGUUUGAUCACUUUGAUCAACACACGUCCAAGUGCAAAAUUUGUUCCACGGCACUGGACAAACUCCAACGGAGAAAACGAAACAGUCAAAUCGUCUUGGCGGCAUCGAUUUUGUUGGGACUCCGGUUUUGGCCCAUGCGGCUGCUGGCAGUGGCCAGUUUGGGGACUUGGAGAUUUUGGAGUCAGAUCGAAGGCAAAUUCUAUAAAGGAGAAUUCAAGCACCACCAGAAUCAUUAGACACCACAUGCAUGCCAUCCCCAGGAGCAACUGGCUCAAUUCUAAAUGACUACGGGAGCUCUGGAAGCCUUCGCCGAGACUAGCUAGGUAGAGAAAAUGCACACAGCGCGAAGCCAUCGCAAUUUCCAGCCACACCGUCCGCGAGGCAAAAAGGAGACUAGCCUGUCAAUGAUUUGGCUUCUAAUUAGUAGUAGCGAGAGUAUCUGAGCAGUUCAGCCAUAGGAGGCAAACAUGCCCAAACGAAAGGACUCAACUUACCAAAGUAAAAUGUCGCACAAAGCUGGUAUGUCGUCCAUAUGACCAUGACCGUAUAAAAAGUAUUCAAUUCUGUCUCCAGUCUCAAGAACAAUCCUUCAUACCUUGCAAGAGAAUAAACUGCUACAGCGUAGUUAGCCAUUG